AUGGCAAACGGCCCCAACAUGUUGGCCACAUCGGACGACGCGAACCGGCUCGGUCUGCUCGACGUGAACGCCACAGCGUCAAUGCUUGAGCGAUCGGCGUUGGGAAACACUCACGAUUUGAAAGACCCACUGCCGUUGCACUGA